AAAGUUAAUAAUUCAACAAAAUUUCAGUGAAGUUUAGUUUGAAACCAAAAAAAAGUAUUUUUAUGUUAAGAAUUUAAUAUGUGAAAAGGCGAAAGGUUGAAGAUCUCGACUGAAAGAUACCCUCUGAAUAGAUGGCAACACUUGAGGGGAAUUCCAAGCCCCCAAAAGGGCCAUCAAUACAUUCAUUGGAUACUCCUACCGAUCGCUUUAUAAUUCGAUCGACUGGCAGAUCUACCGUUCAAUUCAGAGGCUCAUAUAUUUCAAAAUAACUUCAAAAGUAUUGGACAAGCACAUCAUGCCCGCGUUGUGGUCGGAAAACUGGCAAGUCAUGCAAGAAAACCACAACAAACGGGCGAACUAUAAAAGACACUUGACCCUCAACCCUCAACAAUAUUCAAGGAAGAACGGCCAAGAUGUUGAGCAAGCUUGUGCCCCGCAUCAAAGCCAAGCCACUGACGGAGAGGACUAGCUCCCGCGAUGCCUUUGUCUACUUGGAUCGAGUGCAGAAGUUCUUCGGCUGGACAGCGGUCGAGGAUAAGAGGUGGAGGAUCCCCUACAUUCUGUGGGGUAUUUUCAUGAACCUGCUGCUGAUCUUCUUCCUGCCGAUCUCGAUGCUGGUGGCAUACAUUCAGAUGUUCAAGAGCUUCACGGCAGGCGAGUUUCUCAGCUCCCUGGAGAUCACGGUGAAUAUGUACGGAUGCGUUUUGAAGUGCAUCUACACCAUUUGGGGCUUCAAGGGGUUUACGGCAGCCAGAAAGGUGCUCGACGAGCUGGACCUGCGCUGCACCAGCGACGAGGAGCGGAACAGUGUGCACCGCUGCGUGGCUCUGGGGAACCUGAGCUACGUGUUGUUUCACAUCUUCUACUCGGGAUUUGUGGUCAUCAACUGGACGGGCUACGUCCUGAUGGGCAGGCACGCCUGGAUGAUGUACCUCCCUGGACUGGACGCUGAAAAUAACUUCUUCGUAGCCAGCUUGUGCGAGAUACUUCUGAUGAGCGGUGUGGUCACCAUGGAUCAGUGCACGGACGUCUCUCCUCUGGCCCACAUGCUAAUGGCUCGCUGCCACAUCUGUCUGCUCAAGGAUCGGUUGACAAAGCUACGCACGGACCCCACCAAAGACGAGGACGAACACUACGAGGAGCUGAGCAACUGCGUCCACGACCAUCGCUUGAUAUUGGACUAUGUCAAGGCUCUGCGGCCCACCUUUUCAGGGACCAUAUUCGUGCAGUUCCUCUUGAUUGGUAUAGUUCUAGGCCUGUCCAUGAUCAACGUCAUGUUCUUCUCGACCCUCUGGACGGGCCUCGGCACCGUGUGCUUCAUGUUCUGUGUGUGCCUGGAAACCUUUCCCUUCUGCUACCUUUGCAACAUGAUCAUCGAUGAUUGCCAAAAGCUAUCGGACAAUCUGUUCCAAUCGGAUUGGACGACUGCCAGUCGCAGAUACAAGUCCACGCUGGUCUACUUUCUGCAGAAUCUCCAGAAACCGAUUAUCUUAACAGCGGGUGGAGUGUUUCCCAUCUGCAUGCAGACGAAUCUAUCGAUGGUGAAGCUGGCCUUUUCCGUGGUCACCGUAAUAAAACAAUUCAAUCUGGCGGAUAAGUUUCAGUAGGAAAACACUACCAAACUUGACUAGACCUUGCAAAUAUUUAUUUAUUAUGUAAUGAAGUAGAAAUUAUGGUCACAAAAAUGUUAAAUAAAGGAAGUAGACCCAAGUAGACAUCGUC